AUGCGUUCUCUUUUCUUUUUAUUAAUUGCUUUGGUCUUAACUGUUUUUGCUGAAGAUAGUUUUGAAACAGAAACUAACUUUGAUUUUGAUGAUGAUUAUGAAGAUGAUGAAUUUGAUCUUGAAGACGAUGAUAUGGAAGAAGAUGAUGAAGAUGAAUUAGAAGAUGAUGAAGAUGAAGACUACGAAUUUGAUGAAGAGGAUUUUGAAAUUAAUGAAGAUGGUUAUGAAGAAGAUGACGAAGAUGAUGAUGAGGAAGAAGAAGAUGAUGAUGAUGAGGAAGAAGAUGAAGAUAUUAAAAUUGUUUCUGCUGGUUAUCUUUAA